UGCUAAUCAGCAUGAGUAAUUUAUUAAAAAAUAAUAUGUAAAAGAUGUAAACAGCCUUAUUUUUGCACAAAUUUUUGAUUUUUUAACCAGUUUCUACCAAAUUUAAUUAGUUAAUUUGAAUCAAUUAAUCAACUGACCAAUCUUUAAGAAUUUGUGUAACUAUGUUGGAAGAAAGCACCGGCAAUUUCAGUGCUGCUCGAAAUGUAUACGACUGGUAUCAAACAAACACCCAUGUUAUCAUCAAUAUUAUGAUUAAGAACCUCAAGGAAGCUGAUGUCAAAGUUAAAUUAAUUGAUGAAACCCUUGACGUUACCUGUGAUUUAGCUGAUGGUUCAAUAUUUAAGCUUCAUUUUAACCUUUUCAAAUCCAUUUAUGUACAAGACAGUAACUGGAGUGUGACACCUUCUAAACUGGAGAUAAAAUUAAAGAAAACUGACCGAAAAAGGUGGCAAUCUCUUGAACAAAUACCUGAUAAAAGUAAACAACGUCAUAGUCUUUCAAAUCAACAUCGUCACCAUUAUCAUCAUCAACAACCACAUCUACAAUCACAAUCGCAACAACAGCCACCACAAUUACUACAAUUACAAUCAAACCAGAAUCCAGAAGAACCACAGGAAUCACAAGACCAACUAGCAUCACAAUCCCCUCAGCAACAAGGGCAACAAGAACAUCAAGAACCAAUAGACUCAAUUGAGCCACUUGAAGCUCUGGAGCCAUUAGAAUCAUUAGAACCCCAAGAAUCCCAAGAACUUCAAGAACUCCAAGAACUCCAAGAACUUCAUGAACUUCACGAAACCCAAGAACCACAAAAAUCAAUACAAACUCAAGAACCAUUGCAACUAGAACCAGAAGAACCACAAGAACCGCAAGAACAGCAAGAACAAAUAGAACAAAUAGAAUCACAAGAAUCAGAAGAACUACAUGAACUUCAAGAUUCUCUCGAACCACUAGAACCACUAAAACCGCAACUACAGCAACAGCCUCAACUAGAACCAUUAGAGGCACAAUCGCAUCAAGAACCAUUAGAGGCACUAGAACCACUAGAAGCUCUAGAUACGCAAGAGCCUCUACCACAGUCACAGCAACAGUCUCAACAGCAGCAACACCAAGAAACAUGCUAUACAGACACAGACGUGUAUGAAUAUUUUUUGACUGAUGAUAUUUCUUGCGUCCUUCCCUAUCCUGGUCAAUCAUCUGUAUAAAGAAUGGUUGGAUAUGUAAUCAAACCAAUUAUGUAUAAUCAAAGACGAUUAAAAUUCAAUAAUCGGGUUUUAAUAAAUUAGCUAAUGUUCAGAAGUUAAA